GAGAAAUGUCGUCUUUUGCUACUUUUCAGGUUCAGGUGGCCUCCAUCAUGGACGCUUUAGCGAAAACGGCGGCAGCAGAAAUUACUAAAUUAGUUGAUGAUGGGUCUGCUGUUUGGCGAUUGGAGAUGAGCAGAAGCCAAAGAGAGAACGAAGCGCUAACAGCGAAGUUACUGCUGAUGGAGGGAGAGCUCAGGGCUGUGCGAGGAUACGGAGAGGGAACGCCGGACAAUUCUCUAAAACUCUCAUUUGAAGUUCCGGUUUGCGACGAAUUCACAGAAGCACAAAUACACACUUCAGGGGCAGCUGCUGCUAAUAAUGGUGAAGGGCCCCUCUGUAAGGAGGAGGAGCUGCACAUGCAACCCUGCCCUGCAGGAGACCCAGAAAAGGAGCUGCAAGCAGAACUCAAACAGGAGCCAGAUGAGCAGCCUCUCACCCCCACACUCCCCCUGCUGGAGUCCGCAGACUGGGGGAUGGAGCUCCAGACAGUGUGGAGCAAGGCCAACAGCUUAGAAAUUUCUCUGGAAAAAAACAGACAGUGCAUAGGAAGCUUGGAGCUAGUUGAUGCCCGGUUAGAUGACGACUUCUCUCCUCCGCAUUACACAGCUCGGAGGCCACGCUCGGAGAAGGGCGAGGGGUCAGCAUCACAACAACAGAAACAAAAUGGCCGCCCCCUCUACAAUGAGUGCUCUUAUGGGCUGCCUGAUGAGGUUUCAGCAGAGCUGGCAUUCCCUCUGGGUUCUCCAGGAGAGUGUGAUGGAAGCGCCCUGUGUGAGGCGAGUUCUGACACGUCAGCAGAAGCAAAGAGUCCCUGCAGAACUGAGGGACAGGAGGAGGAGUUCAUCUGCACACGCUGUGGGAAGACGUUCCCGGACGCUCUUGAACUGAAGGCACACGAGGAGCAGCACAGUGCGGGGAAACAGUUCAGCUUCUCUGUGUGUGACCAGAGCUUCUCCCAGUCACAUGUCCUUCAAGCGCACAAAAGCACUCACACUGGGCGAUACGUUUGUACAAAGUACAGAAAAGCCUACCAGCUCGUUCACACCAGAGAGAAAUCCCACUGCUGCAAAGAGUGUGGGAAGAGCUUCAACCGACUAGGUAAUCUUAAAACUCAUCAAAGGGUCCACACCAAAGAGAAACCGUUCACUUGUGAGCUGUGUGGAAAGUGCUUCUCCCUGAAGGGCCAUCUUAAAUCUCACCAGGUGAUUCACACAGGAGAGAAAUGCUUCAGCUGCACAGUGUGUAAUAAGAGCUUUGCCUAUCUCAGUGUUCUUAAGCAACAUCAGAGAAUCCACACAGGGGAAAAACCCCACUGCUGCAACGAGUGUGGGAAGAGCUUCAACCGACUAGGUAGUCUUAAAUCUCAUCAAAGCGUCCACACCAAAGAGAAACCCUUCACUUGUGAGCAGUGUGGAAAGUGCUUCUUCCUGAAGAGCCAGCUUAAAACUCACCAGGGUCCACACGGGGGAGAAACCGUUCAGUUGUGAGCAGUGUGGAAGGUGCUUCUCCCAGAAGAGCCAUCUUAAAACUCACCAGGUGAUUCACAC